AUGGCGAUGGAGACGGCCGGAUUUGGUCUGAACAUUUUCCAGAUCCUCCAGAACGAGCUCAUCACUCGUGAGGGGAACCGUUCUACCCUUGGACUUGGAUUUCGUCUCGCGAUUAUCGAAGAGAGGCUGAAAAACCAGGAAGCUAGAAGCAAGAAUGGGCUGAUAUGGCGACCUUAUCAUACCGUUGCACCUAUAUCCGCGCCUACUCCUCGAGCUAGAGCGAUCGUCGAAGCACAGAGAAAGCGACUGCUCGAAAGAAAAGGCGCAACCCCCACGAAAGACGAUAAAGACCCCACCAUGCAUAUGAGGGACGAGGAACUGUGGGAAGUCCAUCGCGACUAUCCAAGAACGGUGCUCGAGUUCAAAGAGCUUCAAUUCCACCGUAGGUUGUCUCCUCUCCUCAGAACUAAAGGUCUGCGCCCUGAUAUCCGAGAAACAGCUGACUUGAUACGAAGCUUGCUUGAGUUCUACGACGUCAAAGUCCGUCGGUCAGACAUGAGGCUGGUCAUACUGGAUACGUCCGACCAUUUGGUCGACAUCAAGCACAACCUGGAGACUUGUUUAGAGGAACUAGCCACGACCUGGGGACUCAAUUACUUUCGGAUAGGUGGCUUAGCACUGCCUGGGCAUGAUCAACCAUAUGCAGGACCUUGA